CACACCCACACCCACUCCCUCCUCCAGCCCCACCGCCCCCACCAUGGCCGCGUCCACCCUGUCCGUCUGCUCCAGCGACCUGAGCUACGGCAGCCGCGUCUGCCUGCCCGGAUCCUCGGACUCCUGCCCCGACCCCUCCUGGCAGGUGGACGACUGCCCAGAGAGCUGCUGCGAGCCCCCGUGCUGCGCCCCCGCCCCCUGCCUGACCCUCCUGUGCGGCCCCUCCUCCCCCUGCCAGGGAGACUGCCGCACCCCUGCGUGCUGCAAGCCCGUCUGCUGCACCCCUGUCUGCUGUGAGGACUCCCCCUGCACAACCUCUUCAUGCUGCCAGCCGUCCUGUUGCACCUCCUCCCCCUGCCAGGGAGACUGCUGCACCCCUGUCUGCUGCAAGCCCGUGUACUGCACCCCUGUCUGCUGCAAGCCCGUCUGCUGCACCCCUGUCUGCUGCAAGCCCGUCUGCUGCACCCCUGUGUGCUGCGAGGACUCCCCCUGCUCAGCCCCCUCCUGCUGCCAGCCCAGCCCCUGCUGCAGACCCUCCUCCUGCGUGUCCCUGCUCUGCCGCCCCGUGUGCAGGCCCGCCUGCUGCACCCCUGUCUGCUGCAAGCCCGUCUGCUGCACCCCUGUCUGCUGCAAGCCCGUCUGCUGCACCCCUGUGUGCUGCGAGGACUCCCCCUGCUCAGCCCCCUCCUGCUGCCAGCCCAGCCCCUGCUGCAGGCCCUCCUCGAGUGUAUCCCUGCUCUGCCGCCCCGUGUGCCCCCGCCCCGCCUGCUGCGCCCCUGCCUCGGCCCAGAAGUCCUGCUGCCAGUGAUGUGACCAGCCGUCACUGUGGGGACCCCCAGCGCUCCCACCUACCAGCCUCCCAGCUGCUUUGGGGUCUGUCUCUUAGGCCCCUGCCAAGUAUAGACAGCACCCCCUCCUCUCAGGCCUGGGUGGGAGGGGGUUCCCACCCAACUCAGGAUGACUCUUCCCACCCCCCUGCCACACUCCUCCCGGGGUCCCAACGGUCAUGACUUGCGACCACGUCCGAAGCACAGGCCGCAAUGGUCUCCCCUCCUCGGAAGCUGCUUGGGAAAACCUAAUAAAUGUACUUGCAUUAACCCCGUGUCACCUGGUUCUCUUGGGGCCAAUCCUAGUUGAACACCCAGCCGGUCCCCGCAGAAGUGAGGACUGGCUGCCCUGUGGUCCUCGGCCACACCAGCCCUUCCUCAGGGCCCCGCCUCUCACUGGCCUGGCACGGGGCUCCCGUCCCGCAAGAUCUGGGCCAGUCACAGGCGUGGUGGCCGUGGCUGUGGCCCUGGCGGGCAGACCCUCAGGGACUCAGUGGCAGCCAUCCCGGGCACAGCAACCCUGGCAUCUCUCCCCUCUGCAGGGAGCCCGGCAGGACGCAGGGUUUGGCGUACCCUGGGGAGGAAGGGGGGGUGCAGGGGGACGUCCAGCAAGCACCCCCUUGGCCGCCAGAGCCCUCCUGCCCCUCCUUCCUUCUCCAGCACCUAACACCCUCCUGUCUCCGGAGCUGCGUCCUCAGACCACACACACAGGGCCGAACGCCUUUCCCUCUGUAGUGAUGAUUAGAGCACAGCGCCCACCCCGCUCCCGGCCCAGAGCAGCCUGUGUCUGUCCCCUUCAGAGCAGAGCCUCGGCUCUCAGUGACCUCCUUCUGCACACCCUCCCCCGAGACACCCUUCCCCCCACCCUCCCACACCCCAGCCCCUGACCCAGCCUGGCACAGCCACCAAAGGCCCCCGUGCUCCCGUUAGUGUCACUCCUGCUCCCUCUCCUAUGCAUCUGUCCCUGCAGAGCUGGCCCCGGCCUCUAGGACACAGCUCUUGACUUUUGCAGGGCCCCACCCUGACCUC